AUGGAUUCACGAGUACCGCUAUCCCAUUCCUUAUGGUCACCUUACGAUACUGUUAAGGAUGCUGCGGACUCAUUGGGGAUUAACCUUCCCGACGAAGCUGCCAAGAAUUUGGCCAUGGAUGUUGAGUAUAGAAUACACGAAAUUCUUGAACUUGCAAUCAAAUUUAUGCGUCAUUCGAAAAGAAAAUUGCUAAUGACUACGGAUAUUGAUUAUGCUUUGAAGGUGUUGAAUGUGGAACCUUUGUAUGGGUACGAUAACUCACAAACGGUGACUUUUAAGGAAACAAUGGUUGGAGCCGGAGGUCAAACAUUAUACUAUGUUGAUGACCAUGAAAUAGAAUUUGAAAAACUAAUAAAUCAAGAGCUUCCCAAAGUACCGAGAAAGACUACGUUUACUGCCCAUUGGCUAGCUAUAGAAGGUGUGCAACCAAUGGUUCCCCAGAACCCACUUCCGUCAGAGAUUAAAAAUCUACCGCCUGCUAUUCGGGGUGCAACUUCGGCCAUGUUGGGUAAUGACAUAUUAGCUUUUGGUACAUCGAGCGAUGGAAAGGAUACCUCGGAUGAUGGUACACUGGCCAAAAAUAAAAAGAUAACCGAAAAGGACUUUAAGACUAGACCUCUAGUGAAGCACGUUUUAUCCAAGGAGUUGAAGUUAUAUUUUGACAAGGUGGUGGAGGUGUUGAUAUCCACCGACCCUGAGAAGGAAAGUAUGAGAAAUGCUGCUUUGGCAUCACUUAAAUCGGACCCUGGAUUACACCAGCUUGUGCCCUACUUUAUUCAAUUUGUCGCUGAGCAAAUUACGAACCAGUUGAGAAAUAUGGACAUUUUGUCGUCAAUGCUUGAAGUGAUAUCUGCUUUGGUUGACAACAAGACAAUCUUUUUAGAUCCUUAUGUUCAUGCGCUAAUGCCUUGUAUCUUGACAUUACUUUUAGCAAAGAGAAUUGGACCCGUGGUGAAAGAAAGUUCCGAGGGUUACGAAGAAAGUUUGAAAAGCCAAUUAGCAAUCCGGGAGUUUGCUGCAAUUUUAUUAGAACAUAUAAUUAAAGUAUACGGGUCCUCUUAUUCGACGCUUCGGCCAAGGGUGACUAGAACAUUGUUGAGAGCAUUAUUAGAUUCCUCAAAACCAAUUGGUACUCACUUUGGCGCUUUGUUGGGUCUAAAAAAUAUGGGAGCAGAAGUUUUGAAGUUGGUUGUUAUUGGGAAUUUGAAGGUUUGGCACAAGUCAAUAAUUGAAGAAAACCUGUCUGAAUAUGAAAAGGGAAUCUUGAUUAACACAGUGGUUGAUAUAUUACGAAAACUAAAAAUUGAACUUCCCGUUGAAUCAGACCAAAUAGAUUCUGAUGAAAUACAGGAGGAUGUAAAGGAAAAAUUGCGCAAUCGAAUUGGAGAACCAUUAGCGGAAAUUAUUCUUGGCCAGAGUGAUGCAAAAGAUAUUGUAAGAGGUAUUUUCUUUGGAGAAACCUCAAUAUAG